GCCUCCUGCUGACCGGAGGAGGAAAGCACAUGGAUUAAUAUAGCACAGCUCAGGCUGCAGCUCUGUUAGCUGUGUUAUUUCUCUGUGUUUUAUAUAUGUGUUCUAUACUGAGUGCUGUGUGCUGUUCUCACAGUCUGUCUGUGUGAGCCGCUGUGGUGGGGUUGCUGUGGUGCUGUUGUGGUGUUUCUGUGGUUUGAUUUAAGAUUUUUAGUUGUGCUGUAGGCAGUGUUGUUGUAGUGGGGGUUUUGUGUUGUUGAGGGGUUGCUGCGGUGCUGUAGGCAGUGUUGUUGAGGGGUUGCUUGGUUGGGGUACUGUAGGUGUUGUUGUUGAGGAGUUGUUGUGGUGCUGUAGUUGUGUUGCUAUGGUGCUGUAUGCAGUAUUGUGUUGUUAAGGGGUUGAUGUGGUGUUGAGCGGUUGUUAAGGGGUUGUUGUGGUGUUGAAGGGUUGUUGAGGGGUUGCUGUGGUGUUGUGGUGCUGUAGUCGUGUUGCUGCAGUGCUGUAGGCGGUGUUGCAUUGUUGUGGGUUUGCUGUAGGCAGGGUUGUUGAGAGGUUGUUGUGGUGUUGCUGCAGUGCUGUAGGCGGUACUGUGGUGUUGUUGAGGGGUUGUUGUGGUGUUGCUGUGAAGCUGUAGGUGGUGUUGUGCUGUAGUGGUGUUGUUGUUGAGGGGUUGCUGUGGUGUUGUAGUGGUGUUGCUGUGGAGCUGUAAGGGUGUUGUUGUUGAGGGGUUGCUGUGGUGUUGUAGUGGUGUUGCUGUGGAGCUGUAAGGGUGUUGUUGUUGAGGGGUUGUUGUGGUGUUGCUGCGGUGCUGUAGGCGGUGUUGUGGUGUUGCUAGGGUGUUGUAGGCGGUGAAGCGGCGCUGCGGGGGAGCAGAUGGGCAGCGACAGAUGGGCUUGAGCUCGCGGGAGAAUCUAGGACACGCCCGGCUGGAUUAAUCUGGGGGCGGCCGACGGGCGGAUCCGCGCUGAACCUCCGUCAGACCGAUCAGAUACUCCCGCUGCUGCUGCUGCCGGUUCCCGGUUCCCGGUUCCUGCCCCGGUUUCCGCCUCUGUUCCUGAAGGAGCUUCUGCAGCAUCUGACCAUCAAUAACUUCAUCCAGAGGUAUGGUGGAUAACAGGUACGCCACGGCUCUGGUGAUAGCCUGUGUGCUGAGUGCUCUGGCGGCGGUGUACCUGUCGGUGGCGGUGGGCACUCAGCACUGGUACCAGUACUCCAGCCCGCCGGUGUACGGAGAGCCCAACGCCUCGGAGCUCCGCUCGCUGCACGAGGAGUUCACCAGCGGAGAGUUCGACGAGAAAACCUACAGCGACUCACUAUUCCGCCUCAACGGCACUCUGGGACUGUGGUGGAGGUGCCUACAGGUUCCCCCUGACCGAAACUGGAACCGAGAGUCCGAUCAGAAGAUGGAGAUAGUGAUGGAGUGUGUGAGCUUCACUCUGUCUCAGCAGUUCACACCAAAGUACAAAGAGCCCGGCAACCACAACAGUGGAGAGGACCUGAUUCGCACCUAUCUGUGGAGGAGUCAGUUCCUCCUGCCUCUGGUCUCUCUGGGGUUGGUGGUGUUGGGGGGGUUGGUGAGUUUCUGUGCCUGUAUCUGCCGGAGUCUCAGCCCCACCCUCGGCAUUGGAUUACUCCACCUACUCGCAGGGAUGUGUUCUCUGGGGACGGUUUGCUGUUUCCUGGCUGGGAUGGAUCUCCUCCACCGCGUCUCCAUGUUGCCGGAUCGGGUGGAUGGUUCUCUGGGCUGGUCGCUGUAUCUGGCGCUGAUCUCCUCGCCGCUGCAGAUGAUGGCGGCGGCUCUGCUGGUUUGGGCGGCAAGAAGCCACAGCAAGAGCUACUACCGCAUGACGGCGUACCGCGUGGCCUAGACCAGAACCUUCAUCCGGUUCUACACCAUCACAGCUCAACCAAUAAUCAGGCGAUCUACCGCUCUGUUUACCUACUUUACUAAAGUUACGGCUGCAACUAACAAACGAAUUAAUGAACUAAUUAACCAUAACGAACAUAACUGAAAACUUUACAUUUUAUACUUUAUUAUACUGUACACUUUAUACACUUAUAAUUACAGCAAACUGCCUGAUUAAAAUUAUUAAUCUCACUGUGAGUUUUUCUUUAUAUUUAAAACCAAAAACUAGCACUGUAGGUUUACAUUUUUAAUUUACGUUUACUAAACUCAUAUCCAGAAUCAAGGUGUUUUCUCACCUCUAGGUUUAAAUCAGUUUGUUUCCCUCCUGGUUUGGUUUGUGUUCACACACGGAAAAAGUGUGUCACAAAAAAAGAUGUGAGAACGCUCUCUUGUCUUACUGUUCACACAAAAAAUAGCAAUACGGCUCUUCACUGCACAAUCAUUCAACCUAAAUACUCCAACUUUAUGUUCUGUUAAUAUUGUGAUUAUCACACCAUAGCUUUAUAUGAAAUAAAAA